AUGAAGGGAUGGUUGAAUUAGUUAGAAAUUAUUUAAAAAGUAGGAAGAAAUGAUGAUUAAGUUAAAAGAAUAAAACUUUUUGAAAAUAAUGAAUAUUUAAUAACUCAAAAAACAAAUGAUCAUCUUAAAUAUGAAUUUUCUUAAGAAAAAUGUUUCAGCUUAGCUUAGCUAAUUGAAUCAAUUGUAAUAUUAAUUAUAAUUAUAGAAAUACAAUUUCAUUAAGAUCUAUAAAGGAUAAAUAUUAAUUAUUAUAUAAUCUAUGUUAGAGCAUCUAUUAAAAUUACAUUAAAUUAUUUAAAUAUCACAUGGAAAAUUAAUACCUAAAAAUAUUAUCAUAUAAUUAAAAAAUGAUAAACAUAAUAAAUUAACAAUCUUGUAAACUAAAUUUAAAAUUGAAAAAAUUUAUUUUGUGAAUUAUAGACUUAUUGAUGAUAUUAAUUAUCAAAUAAAUAAUUAAUUUCAAGAUAUAUAUGAUAUUAUUGAUUGUUCUAUUUCACUUAUUAAAGCAUUUUCAAAUUACUAAUGUUAAUUCCUAUAGUUUAUUCUAAAUACUUUAAGUGAUUUUAAAUAAGUUAAAUAGGCGGAUGUUUUAUCUAGAUUAUUUGCAUUUUUUUAAAAAUAAACUUCAUUGUAUGAUAUAUUAAAAUUUUAGGUGUGUAGAUAAGGAAAGCUAGAAAGUGAAAAAUAUAAAAAUCUAACCAUUUAAUUUGAAUUAAUCAAACUCUCAAUCAAUUAAAUGUGGAGAAUUUAAAGAAUAUGGUUUGUUAUCUAAAAGAAAUAGACUUAUAAAGCUUAUCGAAAAUUUGGUUGAAGAUAUUUAAUGUUAUGAUAUAACUACCAAAUUAAAUUAAUCAGCUAAUUUAUUUAAUUAAUCAGUUUAUAUUUUUAAUUAAUCUUAAUUAAAAUUUGAUGAUGAAAAAAAGAUUUUUCAAGUUUUUUAAAACAUAAUUUAAUAAUAAACCAUGAGAAUUAUUUGGGAAAAGUAUGGAACCCUUUUAAGAGCUAAUUAUUGGGAUUGUGAUAUGGAAAAAUAACAAGAAGAACUUUUUAAAGAUAUCAACUUAUAUAAUUAAACAAUCUUAAAUUAACAUUUAUUUGAGGUUUUAUAAGAAUUUAAAAAUGUUUAAUCAAUAAAUUAUGAAAUAAAAGAAGAAAUAGAAAGAAAAUAUAGAUUUGAUAUUAUAUAUGAUGAAAAAAAAGCAAAAGCGAUAUUUAUUUUAGAAUUAAUGAUUGAAGCAUAGAAUUAUGAUUUUUAAAAUAUCCAAACCUUUAUUAAUAAAGUCAAAUAAAAUGUGAAAUUAGAAUUAUAAGAAUAUUAUAAUAAAGUCUUAAAGUUUAAAAUAUUAAAUCUUGGAAAUGAUCUAAUUUGA